AUACAUACAAGCGAGGUUCGCAACAGGAGCUUGGAGGGCCUGCGGUGACCUAAGAAAGUGUAAGAAAGUACUAGAAGGCUAAAAUUUUAUUUGACAAAUAUUUAUGAAGGAUUAAAAUUGAUAGAUGUUAUUAUUAAUGUAACAUUAAAGUGCUUGUAUUAGUUUAAAAUUAAUAAUAGAAUUAAAAACGAAAAUUUGAAAUUAAGAUAUAUUAACCUACUAGAUACUGAGAAAUUGUUGACCAGAGUUUGAAAUUAUACAGUUUUAUAAUUUUGUAUAUGAAGUAACAUUUAUUUUUAUAGACUUUUUAAAAUUAAUUCAUUAAUGUACGACAGUAAUAAAACAGUGAUGGUUUUAUAUUAGCCAUAAUUGAACUAUAACUACAAUUAUGGCAGCGAUAAGACAUACAUUACAAAGAGAAGUAUUCACACCUAGUGAUGAGAAAUUAUUAAGUAUAUGCUAUGUUAGUAAGGCAUAUAAAAAGAAAAAAACCAGCUUCUUGUGUUUAACUACAACAACAGAUACACCUUCAGCUUUACUUUUGUAUCAAGUAAAGAAAAAUGACAAAAAUGUAUUUAAAAAGAAACAGUCAUGGUCAUUAAAUGAUAUUCAAACUGUAGAUGGAGUUAAAAAUGAUUCUAUGGAUAUAGAAUUUCAUAUAGAUAAAAUAUAUAAAUGGGCUGCAACAACAGCGCAAGAGCGCAAAACAUUUUUAAGCAAUUUAUAUACUUACUCUUGUAAUUUAGCACAAAGACCUCAAUUUAAAAAUAUCCCAAAAGAAUGGCUUAUAGAUCCCAGUUCUUUGAAAGAAAGCGACAGUAUUACUUUCACACCAGAACUUCUUACAUCACCUAUUUCAUCCGAUUACCAACCAAUUACUGAAAAGGAAGCUAUUGAUUUGAAACAAAUGAUGGAAAACUGCAAAUAUGCUGUCUCUAAUGCUGAAUUAUUUAUGGAAAAUCUAUCUAAGGAUCUCUCAAUUCUAGAUGGGGAAAAUGUACAAUCAGUUUUGGCAUCGGAAACACGUGUAACUCAGCUGAUGAAUAGUAUAGAAGAAGCAAUAAUUGAAGCUUCAGUUGCUGAAGCUCGUCUUGCAACUUAUGAUGAAGCACUUGGAAGAAUCAGAGAGGUUAUGGCUCGUGUGGGCCAAAAAAAUCAAGCUAUCCAUACAGCUAACAGUAAUGCCAGACUUCUGUUAGAUCAAUUAAACACAGUAAUUUUACAACUAGAUAUUUUACCAACUCAUCAGCAUACUUUAAGUGAAGCUGAGCUUCCAGGAGACAAAGAAGAACUUAGUGAGGCAGGUGCUGUUCUUUUAAAAGCAGUAACUGCUUCUUUGCCACCAGGACUGGACAAAUUGAGUGCAGUCACCGAACAAAGAAGACGACUUGAUAAACUCAGAGCAAAAUUUUCCAUAAUUGUGGCCAGACAUCUAAAUAAUCUCUUCAUACAUUUGGGUAACGAUGUUGGGGAUAUGUCAAUGUCAAUAACUGAUUUAAUUCUUCCAACACAUCAAACAGUUCAUCAGGAACUUGAACCAUAUACUGAAUUGAUGCAGUUACUAAGAGCAUUAGAUAAUAAGGCUUUUGUGCAGUUAACCAAAGUUUAUACAGAUACAAUGAGUAAGUUGUACAAAAGAGAUUUAAAACGAUUUUUUGAAGAAGCAAAAAAUAAACUUAUUUGUAAACGUUUCCAAGCAAGCACAUCAAAAUCUAGUGGUCAAAAAACAGAAGAUUUAUUGAACCCAGCACCUAUUUGUCUAUUGAGUGGUGAAACAUGGGCACCUGUAGGAGAAGGAAAUCUUUUGGAUUCAGUUUUAGAUUGUAUGCUUUCGCAAAUGCAACCAGUUUGUCUUGCAGAACAAGCUUUCUGUAUUUUAUUCUUGCAAUUAGAUUCUGUUCUUUCCCCAUCAAAAAGCAGUGAAAUAGAAGAAACAGAUAAUAUUAGUAACGGAGCAGCAAGUCCUGAAUCAGUAACAUCUACUGCCAGUAAACGAUUAGAACGACAAGUUAACGAAGAAGUGCGUGCUACAAUGGCAGCCAUAUUUCCAUCAUUGGAAACUGAAUUAAAUAAUUUUAUCAAUUUUCUGGACAAAAUUGAUAGUUUUUGGUGUAUGUAUGUCUUAGUACGUUUAUCACAACAUGUUAUGUCAGCACAAGAUACUGGCUCUUUUUUAUCUAUGACGUUCGCUUCUGCUUUAAUUCAAGUUAAAAGAGCGUUUGACAAAUUCAUGCAAGCACAAUUACAAUCAAUUCUAUGUGAUACAAAAGUUAAUCGUAGAAAUAAAUGUGGUAUAUUGCCAUAUGUAGAAAAUUUUGAGCCAUUUGCAAGAACAGCAGAAAAGAUUUUCAAGAAUUCAGACAGAAAAGUUGACCUUGAAAAAUGGUAUACAAAAUUAGUGAGUACGAUGUUUGAAGCUAUUGUAAUUCACAGUAGAGAUCAUCAUAAAACUCCACAAGAAGUUAUUAAAAUGGAAAAUUUUCAUCAUCUGUAUGACCUUCUAUCACAAUUAAAAAUAUCUGUUCUUGAUCAUGAAAGGAAAGAAGCAAAACAAAAGUAUCAAGAUGCUCUACGUGCAUAUGUCACACAAUAUUUUGGAAGACCUCUAGAAAAACUUAAUCUAUUCUUUGAAGGUGUACAAGCUAAAGUUGGUGCUGGAGUUAAAGAAUCUGAAGUUAGUUAUCAAAUGGCUUUUAGUAAACAAGAGCUUAGGCGUGUAGUAAAAGAAUAUCCUGCUCGGGAAGUUAAAAAGGGUUUGGAAAAUUUGUACAGAAAAGUUGAGAAACAUCUGUGUGAAGAAGAAAACUUAUUACAGGUUGUUUGGCGUGAAAUGCAAGGUGAAUUUAUUGCACAGUAUAUAUACAUUGAAGAAUUAAUUCAACGAUGUUAUCCAGACAGUAUGGUAACACUUGAAUUUACUAUACAGGACAUUCUCGAAUUUUUUUCGGAAAUAGCGCGAUCGCAUUAAAAAAUUCAUUAUUUAAAAACUCUACCGUAAAUAAGUGCGUAAUGUAUUUUAAUAGUUCAAAUGAAAUGUAACAGUAAUAAAAUAAUGCAAUUUCUUCACAA